AUGCAGUACAGUAACACGGAAGAGAGCAUGAUGGCAAACAGUAAUCCUAAUGUUGCUUUCUUGAUGAUGGAAACUGAUUCUUCCAAAGAUGAGUGGGGCUGGGCGCCGAUGUACUGGAAUAGCGAGAUAGGGAAUGUCUGGGCUGUCCGUGAAGACGGGCGAGAUCUUGCUGUGAAUGAUGUCGCAAUGAUGUGCCAUUUUGCGAGGCGCAAACUACAGCCCGAGCUGCGUAACGACCUGUCUGUUAUCGAAGCUUUCGAGGUCUAG